AUGAUAGAGUUACGAACUCUAAUAGAGCUGCUGACGGAAAGUAUUUUAACAUCAAAAACAUUCACAGUUCUGCAAGCUGAUGACAUGACAUCAUCGUCGCCCAUGAUGGGCAGCAGCAGGGAGGAUGCAUCUUUCUUUAGGAGGAGGUGGUUGGAGCCUGAAUUGGUUGGUCAUGAUGUGAGCCGCAACUCCACAUUUAUGAUAGCGUCGCCGGACGAAGCCACCUGGUCUGUGGCGUCGGGUGGUCCAAGUCUGCCAAACGACGAGUUGUCGGCACCAGCUGACAGUGGUGGGGGCCAUCAUGGCAGCCGGUUCCACGCCACAGUUGACGACGAGGUGCUGACCACAUCCAGAGGUAUUGAUGAUACUCAAGUAAUGAUAGAAUCACUGGAGAAACGGCUUCACAGGCAAAUGAACGACGCAGAACUGUACGCCAAAUCGAGCAGCCCCCAGCAGCAAUUCGUGAACAAGGUGCUGGAGGAGCUGUGGCCGGCCCUGGAGUGGCGGUGCGAGCAAGGCACUGUGCUGGGCGUUGGCUGCGGCGCUGGUGACGUCACGACACACGAGCUACUGCCGCGACUGCCGCCAGGAGUCAGCGUCCUCGCUGUAGACAUCAACCCCGCCAUGGUAGCCAAGGCUGCAGACAGGUUCUCCGGACCACGUCUGCGCUUCCGUCAGCUGGACAUUGGCACGCCGCGUAUUGAAGAAACCGACGUCUGGAGGUUAGGUCCAUUCCGAAAGGUCUUUUCCUUCUUCUGUCUGCACUGGGUGCAGGAUCAGAGAAUCGCUCUUCAGAACAUCAGCAAACUUCUAUCUCCUGGAGGUGAAACACUUGUGAUCAUUUUGAUCGGCAGUCCGUUAUAUAAGAUGUUUGAAAACCUGGCCACGUCCUCUCGUUGGAGUACUUAUAUGACGGAUUAUCGUCAGUUCGAAUCCCCCUACCUACGUGCAAAAGAUCCAGUGGGUGAGCUGACGAAGUACCUUCAUGAAGCUGGUUUCUGUGUAAAAACGUGCCGCAGUGGGGACAACAGCUACAGUUCUAUGGAUGAACAAGAUCUUAUAAGUAAGUCCAAUGCAGUUCACGGAAGACUUGGGAGAAUCAGAUUAUGAGAAGAGUAUAGUUGAGGAGUUCCUUAAACGUUCACAUGAUUCUGGUUUCUAAAUUAAAUUUCUUUGAAGUAGUAAAUGGGUUACAAAGUACUACCAA